AUGGAAGUUAUCGCGAUAAAGCACGGCAACGCGACCACGUCCAGCGAGACCUCGGUGGGGACCAACACGGCGACCGCGUCGGCCGCCGCGCCCGGCACCAGCAAGGCGCCGCCGCCCGCCGCCAAGUUCCGCCACGGUCUGCUGCAGCUCAUGAUACACACCAUCGAUCCGAUGCACGACGGUGAGUUAGGCAAGGUGGACGAGAAGGCGACGCAGCUGCACGCGAUAGCGUCCCUCAAGGUGCUCUUGGAGGCGACGAGGCCCAGCGCUGGGGGCGCGGGGGCGACGGCCGCCCGACACUCGUCCAUCGCCACCCAGUCCAAAGAGACGCCGCUAGAUCUGCCGAACGGGGGACUAGCGGAUGUCCAGUUAGAUGCGAUAGAAGAGAUAGGUGACCUUGAGGAGGACACGACGCCGCUGGACAUGUCGUGGCCUUCGGGUUUCCGCAAGCGGCUGACGUAUCUGUUGGUCGCGCCAAUUGUCUUCCCGCUCUGGAUGACCCUCCCGGACACGCGGACUCCGAGAGGGAAAAACUUCUUCCCGAUAACGUUUAUAGGGUCGAUAGUCUGGAUAGCUUUCUUUUCGUACCUGAUGGUGUGGUGGGCGAACGUGGCUGGUGCCACCGCGCAGAUACCGCCAGAAGUGAUGGGGCUAACGCUGCUGGCGGCCGGCACCUCUGUUCCGGACCUCAUCACGUCGGUGAUCGUCGCGAGGAAGGGCUUCGGCGACAUGGCCGUGUCCAGCUCCGUGGGGAGCAACAUCUUCGACGUCACAGUCGGAUUGCCGUUACCCUGGCUGCUGUACGGCCUGAUCAACGGCGAGCCGGUGCAGGUCAACUCCAAGGGAAUGGUCUGCAGCAUAGUGCUGCUAUUCGCGAUGCUGCUCUUCGUGAUCCUGAGCAUAGCAUGCUUCAGGUGGAAGAUGAACAAGGGCCUCGGCUUCACCAUGUUCCUCCUUUACUUCGUCUUCGUGGCGGUCAGCCUGGCCCUGGAAUAUGGCUACUUGCACUGUCCCAGCGAG